AUAUUUUACGAGUGACCGUCAAAGUAAAAGGUAUCGCAGAAUAAAGUGCUCGUGAUUUUUUUAAGCACCAAAAAAUGGAUUUAAAUCUGUUUUUGGUGUCUGUGGUGACCCUGCUGGUAGCAGGAUAUCUCUAUGUGAAGAAGAAGUUUCAAUAUUGGGAGGAGAAGGGUGUACCUUAUGUGAAACCUCAAUUUCCAUUUGGAGCUCUCAAGGAAAUGGGAAGAACAAAGCACUCAAGUACAGUCUUCACAGAUAUCUACAGAGAACUAAAGGGAAAAGAUGUGUUCGGUGGCAUGUACUUCUUCACACAACCCGUUGUAAUGCCACUAGAUUUGGAACUUCUCAAGAAUAUCUUCGUAAAAGACUUCCAAUAUUUCCAUGAUCGUGGAUUGUACGUCAAUGAAAGAGACGAUCCUUUAUCUGGACACUUAUUUGCUCUGUCUGGUCAACGUUGGAAGAAUUUGAGAAAUAAACUAAGCCCUACAUUCACUUCUGGGAAGAUGAAGAUGAUGCAUAGUACGAUCAUCGCAGUUGCUAAAGAGUUCCAAAAUUACUUGGAACCUAUUGCGCAGAAAAAUGAGGAAAUAGAAAUAAAAGACGUUCUCUCAAGAUUUACAACAGAUGUGAUUGGAAAUUGUGCUUUUGGUAUUGAGUGCAACAGUCUCAAAGAACCAGAUACGGAAUUCCGGAGAAUUGGAAAGAGAGUAUUUGAAUUUACUGGUGUAGAAUUUCUGCGUGUAUUUUUCCUAACUAUGUUCCCAAAUUUAGGUCAGAUAUUUAAAAUGAAAAUUAACAAGCCCGAAGUAUCUGAUUUCUUUAUGCGACUUCUGAAAGAAACUACCGAAUACAGGGAGAAGAAUAAUAUUCAGAGGAACGACUUUCUAUCACUUCUAAUGCAGAUAAUGAAGACAGGAAAGCUUGAGGGAGAUGAAACGGAUUUGGGGAAAAUGACUUUUGAAGAAUUGGCAGCUCAAACUUUCCUGUUCUUUAUCGCUGGAUUUGAAACUUCUUCAUCAACCAUGACUUUCGCAUUGUACGAAUUGGCACAGCACCAGGACAUUCAAGAUCGUGCUAGAGAAGAAGUUAGGAAGGUCCUAGAGAAGUAUAAUGGGAAAUAUACUUAUGAGGCCUGUAUGGAAAUGAAAUAUGUUGAUCAAAUCAUUAAUGAAACACUGAGGAAACAUCCGAUCGUUGACAGUCUCAUAAGAACCUGUGGUCAAGACUAUCCAGUACCAGGGACAAAACAUGUUAUUGAAAAGGGAACUUUCGUAUCAAUCCCAGUAUAUGGCAUUCACCAUGACCCAGAGAUAUAUCCCAAUCCCGAAACAUUCGAUCCUGAUAGAUUCACAGAUGAAAACAUAAAGAAACGCCACCCAUAUGCUUGGAUUCCGUUUGGUGAAGGUCCAAGGAUCUGUGUUGGAUUGAGAUUUGGUGUAAUGCAAACAAGAGUUGGACUGGCACAUCUUCUAUCAAAAUACCGCGUUAAAACUUGCACCAGGACACCAAUACCUCUUAUUUUGGAACCUUCAAACACAGUUAUGUCACCUAAAGGAGGAAUGUGGUUAAAAUUGGAAAAGGCGUUGUAAGCUACUGAUAUCAAUUGAUAAUAAAUUCCUAUCACUGAAAUAGAUAAAAGGUA